UUCCUAGUGGAUAUUGAAACUUCUUGCACCGGAACUCAUUACAAUCAAGCUCGCACAACCCACAGCCUUUACGAUCACUUCAAUCACUAACUCUAUAAGCGUGUCAACUCAGGUCAAAAGUAAUCUUGAAUACCUCUCUAGCUAAAUGGCACUAGGUGCAAUCCCAGUCACCACAGCUCAGAUUGUUGCACUCUUCGUAGAGUGUAUACUCUAUGGCAUUUAUCUCGUUACUCUGGCUCAGUGUCUUCAAGGGCUAUUAUGGUCUGAACCAGACCAUGCGAUCAAAAACGAGAUAAAUUGGCCUUUGCUUGCGCUUACAGUCCUACUUUGUAUUCUUGCUACUGCUGACGUUGCCUUUGGCCUAAGGCACAACCUUGUGGCUUUUGUCUAUUAUACGGACCAGGUGGAGCAUUACUGGGUCAACAUCAUGAAGACUGUAGAUUAUGCCAUGCAAACUUUGAUCGGUGGCGCGAUAAUGAUAUACCGCUGCUAUAUUGUAUACAAUAAAAACUGGAAGAUCGUUGUUCCAUCUUUUGUAUUCUGGCUCGGCAGUUUAUCCACUGGAAUCGUAGUAAUUAUUACUUUCUCAAAGUUGGACACCAGUGCUCUCCCGAAGAUUAGCCAGACGAAGCCAUCUGUGGAUAUUUUUCUCAGUACCACACUUGCCAUAAAUAUUGUAACUACUGAACCUUUUUCAGUGCUGAUAGCAUAUCGCACAUGGUCAGUCGACAAUGAAAGGACAGAAACAAGCGACCUUCCUACUCAUCGAGUUUCAAGCCUGAGACAAGUCGUCAUUAUAUUUGUCGAAUCCGCCGCUUUAUACACCAUCUCUGCCUUCGUCUUUGUAUCCACCUACGCAGCCAACAAAAACUCCCAGUAUGUGAUUUCGUGUGGGAUAGUACCAAUCAUCGGAAUCUCAUUCAAUCUUAUUAUUGUUCGUGUCAGCGCAUGUCAAUCAUUCGAAGGGACAAUCCAUGGUAGUAAUUCUCUAACAAGCGUGCAUCCUGGAAGGAGACGUCCUUUCACGAACUUGGCUUUCAUGAACAUGAAAAGCUUCGGUACUAACACUCAAACCCAAGACCGGAUUUAUUCCCCAAAAGGACCCCCUCUUGAGGUUAAUGUGUUGCGGGAAGUUGAUUAUACCAGAGAUCAUGAUAUGGGGCAUGUUAAUGACCAUCCAAAUCAUGUUAAUUCAAAACGUGGUGGUGGGGAUGUUACUUGAUGUACGACACCGAUGAAACAGUUGGAGAAGCGCCUGAAGUUUUAAUUAUUAGACAGACUCCAUUUUCCGCUUAUAAUAUUUAUGGACUUGGAAAGCUUGGAUGAUUAUAAGCAGUGCACAGUAUUUGUCUU